AUGGAGAGUAAUAGCUCCGAACAAGAAAAUUUCUGUUUUCAUCUUGGUGAUCCAUCCUUCCAUAAAACUCAUGAACGGUUUACAGUCAAUCUUGCUACAGCCAUCAUUAACACUGUUACAGCUCCAGUCGGCGUUAUUGCAAAUUUACUGAUUGUCACCGCCAUCUUCAGCUGUCCUCGUCUACGAAUUCCCUCCAAUCUGUUGGUAGCGUCUCUAGCGCUUUCUGAUGUAUUCGUAGCUUUAACAGUCCAGCCUGGGUAUAUCACAUACAGGUUAAUGGAAAACCAGCGUCGAUUAGUUCCUUGUUUUGUGAGAAUAGUUUAUAAUUCGGCUUUUUUCAUUUGCUUUGGAGUAUCUUUUAUGACUUUGAGCGCUGUCAGCUAUGAGCGCUUUGUGGCUGUUCGACUGCGUGCUAGAUACAACGAGUUCUUUUCUUCAACGCGUGUAAUUAGAUACGCCCUGAUCAUAUGGACUGUGAACGUUUUGUUAACUUCUCUAAAAUGGACUGCUAUUGAAUCCGUAAUCAAAAGUAUCCAUCUGACGGUUUGGUCAAUUUGCCUUCUUGUUUCUGUAGCAACGCAGAUUGGUGUACUUUAUGUUGUGCGGAAACAACGCGGACAUCGUUAUGAGGUAGACGACAAUUACGGAGAUGAGAAAUGUAAUUUGAAAAUCAACGGAGAAGUGAAAGAUGACAACAUUGCAUUGCAUGUUAUCAUGUUGGAGUGA